AGUGCUCGAAGGGUGACCUCUUAGCUGGCGGGAUCCCCGCGGGGCCUCCUGGCCUGGUGGUCUGGGGGCCUGGGGACAACCCGGUAGGGCCCACCUGAGGGAGAGGCCCAGUCUCACAAGUUCCCUCCCGCUCGCUCACAGCCAGAGGGUCCCGCAGAAAGACCCCGCAGUCCUUGGGAAGGGGAGUUGGCCUCAGGCCCCCAGCCCAGCCGCGCCCGCUCUCGCCCCCGCGUGCGGCGCUGGGAACGGGGUGUCGGGUUACUGCGCGGGGUCUAUAGUUAGCCCCGGGAACCUCGCUUUCAGCCGGACUCCGGGACUGCGCAGCGCCCGCCCGAACCCUUGAGGCUCCCUCCGGCUCGCGGCCUCCGCAACCCGCAGGUGGGUCCUCGGCCCCCGGCCCUCCCCUCUCGGGCGGAGACAAACUGCGGCCCCGCCUUUACCGUCUCAUAAAGGUCCCGGGACCGGAGGCUCUGAGGAAGUGGCUUCGCGAGUUGAGAGCGAAGACUCGGGGCGGGGGAUCCAUAAACUCCGAGACCCCACCCACGCCCCGCCGGGGCCUCAGUCCUGGACCCGGGACCCCGCGCGCCUGGAGCCCCUCGAAGCCAGGACUCCAGCGCCGGUGGUCCCGCCCUCACUCGGACCUGGGACCUGGCCCUCACGUCUCCACCAGGGAUGGCGCUGGCUGGUCUGUUGAUCGCCCUGGGCUGCCUCGGCCUCCAAGCCUUCUGGCAGGCCCAGGCUGUUCCCAUCCUGCCCCUGGGCCUGGCUCCAGACACCUUUGAUGAUGCCUAUGUGGGUUGUGCAGAGGAGAUGGAGAAGAAGGCAGUCCCCUUGCUGAAGGAGGAAAUGGCCCACCAUGCCCUGCUGCGGGAAUCCUGGGAGGCAGCCCAGGCGGCCUGGGAGCACAGGCAACGAGGGCUCACCUUGCCUCCCGGCUUCAAAGCCCAUCAUGGAAUAGCCAUUAUGGUCUACACCAACUCAUCUAACACCUUGUACUGGGAGUUAAAUCAGGCCGUGCGGUUGGGCGGAGGCUCCCGGGAGCUCUACAUGAGGCACUUUCCCUUCAAGGCCUUGCAUUUCUACCUGAUCCGGGCCCUGCAGCUGCUUCGAGGCGAUGGGGGCUGCAGCAGGGGGUCUGGGGAGGUGGUGUUCCGAGGUGUGGGCAGCCUUCGCUUUGAACCCAAGAGGCUCGGGGACUCUGUCCGCUUAGGCCAGUUUGCCUCCAGCUCCCUGGAUAAGUCAGUGGCCCGCAGAUUUGGUAAUGCCACCCUCUUCUCUCUAACAACUUGCUUUGGGGCCCCUAUCCAGGCCUUGUCUGUCUUUCCCAAGGAGCGUGAGGUGUUGAUUCCCCCCCAUGAAGUCUUCUUGGUUACCAGAUUCUCCCAGGAUGGAGCCCAGAGCCUGGUGACUCUCUGGAGCUAUAAUCAGACCUGUAGCCACUUUAACUGCGCCUUUCUGGGUGGGGAGAAGAGGCAGGGCUGUGUGUCUGCACCAGGGGUGCAGCCAGAGUCACAAUCUGAGGGUGCCUUCUUUCUGCCUCCCUGGAAGACCCUGCCCUUGGCCCCUGGGGAGUUCCAGCUCUCAGGGAUUGGGCCCUGAAAGUCCAAAACCUGCCACUUAGGAGCCCUGGGAACGGGUGACCUUCAUAUGAAGAAGAGGCGCCUCCAGAAGCCUCGAGAAGCAAGAACAUGGUUCCAGACCCAGUCCUAGCAGCCUUCUCCCCAACCAGGAUGUGGGGCUGGGGAGGCCAUGGCAGGGAUGAGGAAACUCUACUAUGUGGUGGGGACUUCCUGGGAUAAGCAAGGGAAGUACUGAGGCAGCCACUUGAUUAAGCGGUGUUGUAGUGUGGAGACAUGGAGUUUUAUGAGUCAGCCAUUUGAUUAAACAGUAUUGCAGUGUGGAGCAAUGGAAUUUUA